GUGAAGAUUUUAAGAACAGCAAAAUGUUUCCUCCUGUUUUAACCUGCUGCUUUUUAUUCACUGUCAUCCUUCAAACUGGUCACUUUGCUGUAAUAGAAACACAGGAGACUGUCUGGGCAGCAGUGGGAGACCAGGCCUCUCUGAGCUGUCGGCUCACUGAGGAUAAAAAUGUUCUCCAGAUCACCUGGCAGAAAGUUCUUCAGAGUGGAGAGAAGAACCUCGCCACCUACACCAAGAAGUUUGGCUCCAGAGUGAGUGCAGGUCUGGAGGGGAAGAUGGAUUUUCAGUAUGAGACUCUGCAGAAAUGCUCCAUGGUGAUCAGGAAGGUGACGUAUCAGGAUGAAGGCUGCUACCGAUGUUUGUUCAACACCUAUCCUGAUGGAGCGCUGAUAGGCUGGACCUGCUUAAAACUCUGUGAGCUGCAUGGACCCUUCAUUGAUGUCAGCAGAUCAGAUUCUCCUCCAGGGUCGGUGGUGACCUGUUCAGCCACAGGUCGACCUGUUCCCAUUGUAACACUGACUGUUCUCCAUCAGAACCUCAGCUUCUCUCACUACAACACCAGCAGAGUGAUCAACACCAACGGUACCAUCACAUCCACCACCACAGCUCUGCUGUCAGCUCUCAAUACCACACAGGUUGGAUGUUCAGUAUCACUGGACUCUGCUGCUGUCAGAGAGCUGCUGGUCAUCGUUCCUGGACUCACAGAUUCAUCUGAUGAUGGUUUGGAUGUGGAUUCUGGUUCAAGUAAUAUUAUUGUUGGUUUGUCUUUGUUGGCUGUGUUGGUGCUUUUGGUCUGUGUUGCUGCUUUCAUCUUUGUGUGGCUCAGAAAAAUGGCAGACAAAAGGAAGAAUGAUCAUGCAUUGAACAUGUUGGAAGAAUACCUGUUUAACUGCUAUAAGAAUAAAGAAGAGCAGGAGGACACGACAGGACAGAACAGGACAAACAUCAGGGAAAGUGAAGAUGCAUCAAAUAUCGACUCUCUUGUUUCAGACCCUCUUGUGGUACCCACGAAAGUGGAAGACAUCGUAGUGCCUCCAUCAUGUCGACGACGCCACCGCAACAAAGAGCAGCCGUCAUCAGACGAACCAAGAGAAAAAUCUGAAUUUGAAAGUAAAAAACGUAUUUGGACUAUUUUGUGGUGGAAGCGAUGAAACAGCCUCACCUGAGCUCAAAGGCUGUGGGAAAAGAAGUUCUUGUGAAGUCAGGCUGCCUGGUCAGAUGUUUCCUGGACGUCCUGGAGGAACGAAGUUUCUCAGCUGGUCUGAGGAUUUUGGAUUCCUCAAAAGGAGCGACGCCUCCACGACAUAACCCAGAACUAAUGAUGGAU